AUGGAGCCCUGCACAGCUAAGAAGAGUCAUCCUGUUGUGCCCGGCCCUAAUGCUAAGAGUUUUCCUUCUGUGGCUGAUGGCCCCAAACGGAUCCCAAUGACACAACCACAGCAGCAGAGACAGAUCAGCCAGGUGAAGCCGCCGGCGACAGCGCUUGGUGCGAAGAGAGUGCCGUAUUCCUCUAAUGUUCCACAAAGAGUCCUUUCCCAGAAACCCCUUGUAACCAAUCAAAAACAAGUACCUCCACCAGCAGCCAAUCAGGCUCAACCGAAGCCCUUACCGCAGGUCCAGCCUGCAUCCCGCACACAACCCACUGAUGAAAACAAAGACCCAUAUAGUACUACAGCUCCUCCUGCAGAGAAGAAAGUUGCUGCAGAGCCAAGCCAACCAGCAUCCUCCACUACAAAGGAAGAGGGUAAAAAGAAGCAGUGGUGCCUGGAGGACUUUGAGAUUGGCCGUCCUUUAGGAAAAGGAAAGUUUGGCAAUGUGUACUUGGCCAGGGAGAAGCAGAGCAAAUUCAUCUGGCAUUGAAGGUUCUCUUUAAAUCCCAGUUGGAAAAAGCUAAUGUGGAGCAUCAGCUUCGCCGGGAGGUGGAGAUCCAAUCGCACUUGAGACAUCCAAACAUUCUUCGGCUGUACGGGUAUUUCCAUGAUGCCACUAGAGUCUACCUUAUCCUGGACUAUGCUCCACGAGGCGAGCUGUUCCGGGAGCUGCAGCGGUGUACGCGGUUUGAUGACCAACGAACUGCUACUUACAUCACAGAACUAGCUGACGCUCUA